AUGCCGGCGAUUCGCAAAUGCUGUAUUGUGGGGUGCAUGUCUAAUUCUCGAACAAAUCCCAAUUUACAAUUUUUUCAAUUUCCAAGACCUGAAAAUCCUUACCACAAAGAAUGGAAGCAGGCAUGUCAUGCUUCGAUGAGUCGUAUACUGCCAUUUAAGAAACCAGUUUUAUGUGCCGCCCAUUUCUUGCCACAACACAUUGGAGGUCGCCGCUUGACAAGCAAUGCAGUGCCGACCCUUAAUCUAGAUGUUCCUGCGAAUCUUAAGGAUGUGGAAAACCAAGCCAUGUUUGUUGAGCUCGAAAGGAGUCGUAAACAUGCCUACAUCAACGCCGUAGUCUAUGAAUGGCUGGUGAGGGCCAAUUUAAAUCCUCAACUACGUGGUUCCAUUACCCAUGGCAUGAUUAAGGAAAAGGCGGAGACAGCAAAACAAAUUAUUGGCUGUGAAGGAUUUGUGGCGGAUAAUCGCUGGUUAAAUCGUUUUCGUGAAACACACUUAACAAAUUUUGCCAAAAAGCUGGCCUCCAAUCAACUGAAGCCCAUGGGCCCAUCGCUAUGGAUACCGGAUAUUGUGCAAGAUUUGCAGGCUUCGUUUCCGCCCACAAACGUGGAACGUUUGGACAAUUUUGAGAAUGUACCCGAACAAUAUAUCGACUACAUGAAACAAUAUGGGGAGUAUGAUGAAGACGAUGACACCGACCAGGAUCAAUCAGUAAGUGGUAUUAAGGAGGAAGAUGAUCAGGAUAGUAAGACAAAAGCACAAGCCUACUAUCAAAGUUAUAAAGCGGGGCAAAAUAAUUAUUACAAUCAUGGCCAACAGCAGUUUAACAACUCAUAUGGCUCAGAUGGAUCGAGCAACUAUAACACCUAUGAAGAUUAUUACAACGACAGGCAGCGCAAUGGUCGGCCACCUUCUCAUUCAUCGGCCCAAAAUGACCAUGCCAUGAAGCAUAGAUACAGCUUACCAAAUCCCGUAAACGGUCAUGCCAAUAAACGACGACUAUCAGCCUCUGAUGGUGAUAGGAAUGGACAAUUAAGUAAACGGGCCACGCCGAACUUUGGAUCGAGAUCCCAAUCACCUACCGUCGAAAGCAAUGAAAACAACAAUGAGAAGAGUUUUAAAAUAAAAUUGCCCCUGGCCAAUGGCAAUAGUCGUUCUACGUCCUCGCCCACAAAUUCGCAACAAUCGAAUACCAACAACAAUUCCCGCUCCAAUUCACCGAAAUCACAAAAUGGCGAUAUCACCACAAAUGGCCACACAUCACCAUCGCCCAGUCUGGCAACAAAUAUCAAAGACUUGGAAACCUAUGAACAAGCAUUGGAAUACCUAAAGCCCUUGGAAGAUUUUGCUCUGUUCAAAGAGAAUUUCAGAGCCAUUGGCUUAUUGUCACAACUGGAGGCGGUUCUGCGAAAAGGCAAAUUGUCAUCAGAGACUGAACCUAAUGGUGUAUAA